AUUGUUGUAAAUAAUAUAAGUUUCAAAGUUUAUAAUGAUGAAUACACUUCUACCAUUAAGAAAAUUAUCAUAUACAGCACAAAAAUUGCUAGUUAAUAAUAUGAUAAAACCAAAAUAUCCCAUUGUAACAAAUUUAAGAAAUCUUCACAUAACCUCUUUUAAUACAAAAGAGAUAAGAAAUAUGAAUGAGAAAGUCAGAGUUGGUAAUAAAAGAUAUGAUUUGGUUGAAGGAGAAGUAACAGGUUCGAUUCAUAAUUUAGAACAAACAAAACUCUUCCCAGAAGAAGACACACCAAAUUGGAUUUUUAAAGGUAUACCGUAUAAGGAAUUACCAAUUAUAAAUAUAAGAGCAACUCGUAACAAUACUAUUCUAUCUUUGACAGAUUAUAAAGGAAAGAUAUUAGCAAUACAUUCUGCGGGUAUAGAAGGUUUUAAAAAUACUAGGAAAGGUACUAAUGUCGCAGCACAACAAACAGCUUUAAACUUCAGCGAGACAAUUCGAAGUAAAUGUACGCCAAUAAUCAGAGUGCGCGUAGAAGGAUUAGGACCUGGUAGAAUGGCUGCUUUAAAAGGUCUUCAGUUAGGAGGAAUAGAAAUCAUAUCAAUCACAGACAGUACAAAAGUUUCAUGGUGCCCAAGAAGACCAAGAAAGCCAAGGAGAGUAUAAUUAUAACCUAUACAUAGAACAAUGUCUUUAAAAAGUCAUCUUAUUAUUAUAAUUCAACAGUUAUAUGUAUAUUUACUCAAAAUUAGAACUUCAUAUUUAUAUCAUUGGAAUUGCUAAUUUCAUAAUGCAAUAUAACUUUCGAGUUACGUACUUUUCAUAGAAACAUUUUGAAUUCAAGCCUGAGAAUAAUUCUGAAUACUUUAUUACGUUUUUUAUUAAAUAAAAAUUCUAAAGUUUUCAGUUCGAUAUAGAAAAACUAAGUAAGUUGAAAAAAUAAUUUGUCAACGUUGCGCAUAGAAGAAAGAAAAUUUUAAAUUUUUAUUCUCUUUUAAUUUGGAGAUAAUUGAAAAAAGAACAACGGUUUUCACACGACCCGACGUGACGUGAAAUUCCGGUUUUAUAUAUAACCGUAAAAAUAUUAUUUUUUGUAUUGGAUUUACAAAUAAUCGAUUAUUCGGGUCUCAAGAGUCCUAUUAUAAACUGGAAAUGCGUAAAGUCCCAUAGGGAAAUUUGACCUAGAUAGCUUAAAGUACCCUUGGGAUAUUGUAGCCUAUAUUCUGUAAUUAAGCGUUUGUGUCCUUAACUAUAAACUUUCAAUGAAAGUUAUACGCAACAGUUAAUGUUCAUCUACUACGCGUGUUUAUUGCGUUGAUUUAUUGACGUCUACGUCCUGUCAACCGAAUUGGUAGAUAUACAAGCGGGAUGUGUGUAAACCUCUCAUUUACAGCUUAAUAACCGUCUUUAUUAACGAUGUAUAAAUAUUUGGCAUUGUUUUGUAAUAUAUAAUAUAAAUUAUAUAAUAGUCUAAUACUAUUUACAAUAUUCGAA